AACCCCAUCCAUCCGAUUGCACUCGCACACCUCCAACCACCACAUAUAUCAGCGCUUUUGAUCCACGAUACUGAAGUAUAUACCGAUUGACUUUCGCAGAUUGAUCAUGGGCUGUUGACAUAUCUUCAAUCCCUCCAAUUGCGAUCUCGGGCGAGAAAGAGUGCGACGCGACGACGCAUCCGUUUACCUAUUCGUCUGUCCUCUUCUAUCGUCGAUUUAUCACCCCUUGAAACGCGAUACACGGAUAUUUAGAUAAAGAGAAGAAAGGAGAAGAGAAAGAGCUACAGCUAUAAACAGAACGAACCCAAACAAGCCAACAAGCCCAUCCAAAACAAUGUCCACCCCAGCAGACCAAGCCUACGACGACACCGACGAGCCCCUCCCCAACCACCAAGAUGAAUCCUACCCCACAGAAACAGACUACUACGCCCUCCUAAACCUCCCCCGCUCGCCCGCACCCACCGAGUCCCAGAUCCGCUCCGCCUACCGCACCCUCGCCCUCAGCUUCCACCCGGACAAGCAGCCCGCGCAGUGGCACGAUGCCGCGGGGAGACACUUCGCGCUGAUCCGUGCCGCGUAUGAUACGCUGGUUGAUCCGCAGAAGCGCGCGGUGUAUGAUUUGUUGGGGGCGGAGGGCGUGCGUGCGGAGUGGGGGCCGCAGGGAGCGAUGGGGGUGUUUGGCGAGGCGAGGAAGCUGGAGCGGGAGGGGAAGGGGAUGGGGAAGGGGGAGGUUGGGGUUAGGGCUAUGGCGCCGGAGGAGUUUAGGAGGUGGUUUUUGGGGGUCAUGAGGAGGAGGGAGAGGGUUGCUGUUAAUCGGUUGGUGCAAUGUCGGAGCUCUGUGUCUCUCGGGCUUGAUGCCGCCGGGUUGAUUAUUGUUGAUGAGGAUGAUGAGGUAUAUGUGGGUAUUCCGACUCUGCAGACCAAUGCUUUUAGUGUUGGGUGUUCGUUUAAGACGCCGUUGCCGACUCCGCGGGUGAUUUUUGGGGAGUCGGAGAAGGAGGACGAGGAGGGUGAGUCUGCUGAGCAGGAUGAGGAGGCUCCUGUGGAGACGGAGAUGGUCAUCAACGCCAGCGUCAAAGGACAGCUUCGACAUUUGCAGCGUGAGGGUACUCCGCUGCCGUUGCUGAUGGUCGCGAACAACAUCACCCUCGGAGCCAGUAUCAACCGUACGCUCGACGAUUUGGCGAGGCCCAAGGGCCUCUUCGGCGAACGAUUCUCUUCCCUGUGCACCAAUGCUGGAUGUGCUGCCAAUUUCCUGGUCUUGCCGGCCCCCAUCCUACAAACCGCUUACGCAAAGGCAUACACGCCCAUCCCCGGCACGCGACCCUUCACGGUCCAGGCGUCGGCUCUGUUCAAGAACUCCCCUAUCAAAUGCAUGCCCACCCUCGGCCUGCAGAUCACCAAGGCCAUCGCCCAGCGGAAGACGGUCUUCUGCUCGUGGUCAAGCGGCACCCUCGACUGGCCGUACCUGUUCGAGCGACUGUUCGGACUAGGCGCCCACGCGGACGACGUCUCUCAAGAAGCGAGCAGCUUCCAGCUAGGCUACACCUCUCUACCAAAGCUAUCUCGAAGUCUCGCCACGCAGGACGACGAAGGUGACGACGUCGAUGACGAAGACGAAGAAGAGCUCGCUUUCGAGAUGGCCCGCAACCAGCUCCGCGCAGAAGACCAAGCCGCCGAAUCGUGGCAGACCGUAGCAAUGGCCUCCCCCGGCGGUGGCGGCCUAUCCGUCACCUACUCGCGCAACCUCUUCUCUGGCAAAGCGGCCAACGAACCGCGACGCUCCGAAUGGAGCGGCGAAGGCCACUACCCGCUGCCGCAGGAGGUCGAGCCACGCUCCGUGCGGCUUGAGAUCCAGACAUCCCUCGCGGCCGACCUCUCCCUGUCGUGGGUCGUCGAGGGAACACGCCAAGUCGGGGAAUUCACGCGCAUGGGCCUCGGCGUCGGCCUGACAGAUGCCCAAGGUCUGAUCAUGACUUUCUCGUGGAGUAGACUGGGCCAGAAGAUCCAGAUCCCUGUUAAGGUCUGCCCCCUUGACUCUGUCACGUCGGAUGCGUCUACCCUCGCGCUUGUCGCGCCCUGGGCGUUGUACUGCGCCGUCGAGUUCGGCAUCAUCCGUCCCCGGGACCGCCGGAAUCGCCGCCGUGCGAUCGCUAAACGACACCGGAAGCUGAAGAAGCUGAUUCCCAAGCAUCGCGCGGACAGCCUGCAGGCGAUUGAGCUCAUGGCUGAGCAGACGCGGCGCCGACAAGCGAGGGAGGAAUCGCAGGGCGGACUCGUCAUCACGAAGGCUGAGUACGGCCACUAUCCGUCUGGGAAGAACAAGCGUGACGGCAGUGAAGGGGCAGAGCCCCGCCCGGAUGAAGUCGUCGAUGUUACUAUCCCUGUGGCGGCGUUGGUUGAUCGGGGGCAGCUUGUGAUUGCGAAGGAUAUGGUUAAGUUCCAUAUUCUGGGUUUCUAUGACCCCGCGCCGCUUUUGUCCAAGUCGUUGAAGAUUUGGUAUAUUUAUCAUGGUAAGGAGCACUUUGUUGAGGUGAGAGAUGGUGAGGGUGUUGCUUGUCCGAUGCGGUCGCAUUCGAUUUAGUAUUCGCAUUGCAUGACUAUGUGAGGAUUAUUUUCUUUGGUUUGUCUGUUCUCCUAUCUGUUCGGAUUGGUUUGUUGCUUGGAAUGUUGUAUAAUGUCUGUAUGAUUACUACGUAGUAUGUAUUAUAGGUGUGCUUGUAUAGAUCUG